AUGGCCGAGGGCUCCGAGAAGCACGAGUUCCAGGCGGAGGUGAACCGCCUGAUGGACAUCAUCAUCAACUCGCUGUACACCGACAAGCAGGUGUUCCUCCGCGAGCUGAUCUCGAAUGCCGCCGACGCGCUGGAGAAGGCGCGCUUCCACAGCGUGCAGGACGAGACCUUCCUAGGCGACACCAAGGAUCUGGAGGUGAAGAUCGAGCACGACCCCGAUGCCAAGACGAUCUCCAUCAUCGACACGGGCGUCGGCAUGUCCAAGGCGGACUUGAUCAACAAUUUGGGUACGGUGGCCAAGUCCGGUACCACAAACUUCUUGGAGGCCAUGGCCGAGGGAGGCGAUGCGAACCUCAUCGGCCAGUUCGGCGUGGGCUUCUACAGUGCCUUCCUGGUCGCUGACAAGGUCUCGGUGACCUCCAAGUGCAAUGAUGACCCGGUGCAGCACGUUUGGGAGUCCUCCGCAGAUGCCUCCUUCACGGUGGUGGAUGACCCUCGUGGCAACACCCUUGGCCGAGGCACGCGAGUGACGCUCCACCUGAAGGAGGACGCGCACGACUACUUGUCCGAGGACAAGCUGAAGGAGAGCGCCAAGAAGUACUCCCAGUUCAUUCAGUUCCCCAUCUACGUGAAGGUGAAGAAGGAGGUGGAUGCGGAGGCCGAGGAGGAUGAUGACGAUGACGACAAGGAUGACGAGGAGGAAAAGGAUGAUGUGGAGACCAAAGAUGAGGAGGAGAAGGAGGAGGAAGACAAGAAGCCAAAGAAGAAGACCGUCUUCGAAUGGGAGCAGGUGAACACUCAAAAGGCCAUCUGGCUGCGAGCCAAGGAGGAUGUGACGGAGGAGGAGUACAACGAGUUCUACAAGAGCAUCUCCAAGGACUACCUCGAUCCGCUGGCCUACACGCACUUCAACGCAGAGGGCGAGAUCGAGUUCAAGUCGAUCCUCUUCCUCCCGAAGAAGGCCCCCUUCGACAUGAUGGACAACUACUGGACCAAGAAGUCCGAGGUGAAGCUGUUUGUCCGCCGCGUGCUGGUCGCCGAGAAGUUCGACGAGCUGCUGCCUAGGUACCUGAACUUUGUCCGAGGUGUCGUGGACUCAGAUGACUUGCCCCUGAACGUGUCCCGCGAGCAGCUGCAGCAGAACAAGAUCAUGAAGGUUAUCUCCAAGAAGCUGGUGCGCAAGGUCCUGGAGCUGAUGAAGAAGCUGGCCAAGGACGAGGAGUCCGGUGGCGAUGACGAGGACGAGGAGAAGGAGGACGAAGAGAAGGAGGAGAAGGAGGAGAAGAAGGAGAAGAAGGAUGAGGAGGGCCUCUGGAGCAAGUUCUGGAAGGAGUUCAACAAGAACCUGAAGAUGGGCUGCUAUGAGGACGACUCGAACCGCUCCAAGCUCUCCAAGCUCUUGCGAUUCUUCACCACCAAGUCUGAGGGCAAGGAAGUGAGCCUGGACAAGUACCUGGACCGGAUGCAAGAGAGCCAAGAGAGCAUCUACUACAUGUCCGGUGAGUCCCUGGAGACGAUGAAGAAGGCCCCCGCCCUGCAGAUCUUCCUGAAGAAGGAUCUCGAGGUCCUGAUGCUGCCCGACCACCUGGAUGAGCCUUGCCUGCAGAAGCUGGCGGACUACGAGGGCAAGAAGUUCGUGUCCAUCCAGAAGGCCGACGUCAAGCUGGACGAGACCGAGGAGGAGAAGAAGAAGUUCAACAAGAUCAAGGACAUGUACAAGCCCUUGACAGACUGGUGGAAGAAGAAGCUGACGGACCUGACGGAGAGCGGGGCCAUGAAGGAGGCCGGGGUGAAGGUGGAGAAAGUGGAGGUCUCCAAGAGGCUGACGGAAUCGCCCGUGGUGGUGGUGACCUCCCAGUUCGGCUACUCCGCCCAGCAGGAGAAGGUGAUGAAGUCGCAGGCCUUCCAGAACAAGGAGCAGCUUUCCAUGAUGGCCGGCCGCAAGACGCUGGAGGUGAACCCCAACCACCCCGUGAUUGUGGACCUCCUUGCGAAGGUGAAGGCCAGCGAGGGUGACGAGGCCGCCGCCAAGACGGCCGAGGUGCUGUUCCAGACCGCGCUGAUCGAGUCCGGCUUCGAGAUCGCCGACCCCUCGGCCCUUGUGAGCCACGUCUACAGACUCAUGUCCAAGGAGCUCGGCGUCAACCCCGAUGCCCCCCUCAAGGAGAUUGAGGUGCCCGAGGAGGAGGAGGAGGCCGAGGAGGAGGACAAGGAGGACGACGACUCCGAGGAGGACUCCAAGGAGGAGAAGGAGGUUGUGCAAGAGACCACACACCCAUACGGGCGCACUUCUUGCGUGGCAGUCAGUGCCAAGCUCACCUGCAGUUUGCACAUGCAGGGCAAAGAGUUUCGUGCGGACUUCUUGUUCUUCUUGUUGUUGCGGGCCUGGUUUGUCGGCCUGGCCGCCGUGGCCCUUUGUGGCCAGGAGGAUGCGGACAAGGUGGUGGAUGGCUUCAGCGACACGGACCGGGCCAAGAUGGCCGAGGGCUCCGAGAAGCACGAGUUCCAGGCGGAGGUGAACCGCCUGAUGGACAUCAUCAUCAACUCGCUGUACACCGACAAGCAGGUGUUCCUCCGCGAGCUGAUCUCGAAUGCCGCCGACGCGCUGGAGAAGGCGCGCUUCCACAGCGUGCAGGACGAGACCUUCCUAGGCGACACCAAGGAUCUGGAGGUGAAGAUCGAGCACGACCCCGAUGCCAAGACGAUCUCCAUCAUCGACACGGGCGUCGGCAUGUCCAAGGCGGACUUGAUCAACAAUUUGGGUACGGUGGCCAAGUCCGGUACCACAAACUUCUUGGAGGCCAUGGCCGAGGGAGGCGAUGCGAACCUCAUCGGCCAGUUCGGCGUGGGCUUCUACAGUGCCUUCCUGGUCGCUGACAAGGUCUCGGUGACCUCCAAGUGCAAUGAUGACCCGGUGCAGCACGUUUGGGAGUCCUCCGCAGAUGCCUCCUUCACGGUGGUGGAUGACCCUCGUGGCAACACCCUUGGCCGAGGCACGCGAGUGACGCUCCACCUGAAGGAGGACGCGCACGACUACUUGUCCGAGGACAAGCUGAAGGAGAGCGCCAAGAAGUACUCCCAGUUCAUUCAGUUCCCCAUCUACGUGAAGGUGAAGAAGGAGGUGGAUGCGGAGGCCGAGGAGGAUGAUGACGAUGACGACAAGGAUGACGAGGAGGAAAAGGAUGAUGUGGAGACCAAAGAUGAGGAGGAGAAGGAGGAGGAAGACAAGAAGCCAAAGAAGAAGACCGUCUUCGAAUGGGAGCAGGUGAACACUCAAAAGGCCAUCUGGCUGCGCGCCAAGGAGGAUGUGACGGAGGAGGAGUACAACGAGUUCUACAAGAGCAUCUCCAAGGACUACCUCGAUCCGCUGGCCUACACGCACUUCAACGCAGAGGGCGAGAUCGAGUUCAAGUCGAUCCUCUUCCUCCCGAAGAAGGCCCCCUUCGACAUGAUGGACAACUACUGGACCAAGAAGUCCGAGGUGAAGCUGUUUGUCCGCCGCGUGCUGGUCGCCGAGAAGUUCGACGAGCUGCUGCCUAGGUACCUGAACUUUGUCCGAGGUGUCGUGGACUCAGAUGACUUGCCCCUGAACGUGUCCCGCGAGCAGCUGCAGCAGAACAAGAUCAUGAAGGUUAUCUCCAAGAAGCUGGUGCGCAAGGUCCUGGAGCUGAUGAAGAAGCUGGCCAAGGACGAGGAGUCCGGUGGCGAUGACGAGGACGAGGAGAAGGAGGACGAAGAGAAGGAGGAGAAGGAGGAGAAGAAGGAGAAGAAGGAUGAGGAGGGCCUCUGGAGCAAGUUCUGGAAGGAGUUCAACAAGAACCUGAAGAUGGGCUGCUAUGAGGACGACUCGAACCGCUCCAAGCUCUCCAAGCUCUUGCGAUUCUUCACCACCAAGUCUGAGGGCAAGGAAGUGAGCCUGGACAAGUACCUGGACCGGAUGCAAGAGAGCCAAGAGAGCAUCUACUACAUGUCCGGUGAGUCCCUGGAGACGAUGAAGAAGGCCCCCGCCCUGCAGAUCUUCCUGAAGAAGGAUCUCGAGGUCCUGAUGCUGCCCGACCACCUGGAUGAGCCUUGCCUGCAGAAGCUGGCGGACUACGAGGGCAAGAAGUUCGUGUCCAUCCAGAAGGCCGACGUCAAGCUGGACGAGACCGAGGAGGAGAAGAAGAAGUUCAACAAGAUCAAGGACAUGUACAAGCCCUUGACAGACUGGUGGAAGAAGAAGCUGACGGACCUGACGGAGAGCGGGGCCAUGAAGGAGGCCGGGGUGAAGGUGGAGAAAGUGGAGGUCUCCAAGAGGCUGACGGAAUCGCCCGUGGUGGUGGUGACCUCCCAGUUCGGCUACUCCGCCCAGCAGGAGAAGGUGAUGAAGUCGCAGGCCUUCCAGAACAAGGAGCAGCUUUCCAUGAUGGCCGGCCGCAAGACGCUGGAGGUGAACCCCAACCACCCCGUGAUUGUGGACCUCCUUGCGAAGGUGAAGGCCAGCGAGGGUGACGAGGCCGCCGCCAAGACGGCCGAGGUGCUGUUCCAGACCGCGCUGAUCGAGUCCGGCUUCGAGAUCGCCGACCCCUCGGCCCUUGUGAGCCACGUCUACAGACUCAUGUCCAAGGAGCUCGGCGUCAACCCCGAUGCCCCCCUCAAGGAGAUUGAGGUGCCCGAGGAGGAGGAGGAGGCCGAGGAGGAGGACAAGGAGGACGACGACUCCGAGGAGGACUCCAAGGAGGAGAAGGAGGCUAUGCGGUGCCUCUGGCGGCUGGCCGUGAUUGCAGUUGGCAUAGGCUGUGCGGGGCACUUGUUUUUGAAGGGCAACAUCCGCCUGACCCGCGCCGAGGAGGAUGCGGACAAGGUGGUGGAUGGCUUCAGCGACACGGACCGGGCCAAGAUGGCCGAGGGCUCCGAGAAGCACGAGUUCCAGGCGGAGGUGAACCGCCUGAUGGACAUCAUCAUCAACUCGCUGUACACCGACAAGCAGGUGUUCCUCCGCGAGCUGAUCUCGAAUGCCGCCGACGCGCUGGAGAAGGCGCGCUUCCACAGCGUGCAGGACGAGACCUUCCUAGGCGACACCAAGGAUCUGGAGGUGAAGAUCGAGCACGACCCCGAUGCCAAGACGAUCUCCAUCAUCGACACGGGCGUCGGCAUGUCCAAGGCAGACUUGAUCAACAAUUUGGGUACGGUGGCCAAGUCCGGUACCACAAACUUCUUGGAGGCCAUGGCCGAGGGAGGCGAUGCGAACCUCAUCGGCCAGUUCGGCGUGGGCUUCUACAGUGCCUUCCUGGUCGCUGACAAGGUCUCGGUGACCUCCAAGUGCAAUGAUGACCCGGUGCAGCACGUUUGGGAGUCCUCCGCAGAUGCCUCCUUCACGGUGGUGGAUGACCCUCGUGGCAACACCCUUGGCCGAGGCACGCGAGUGACGCUCCACCUGAAGGAGGACGCGCACGACUACUUGUCCGAGGACAAGCUGAAGGAGAGCGCCAAGAAGUACUCCCAGUUCAUUCAGUUCCCCAUCUACGUGAAGGUGAAGAAGGAGGUGGAUGCGGAGGCCGAGGAGGAGGAUGACGAUGACGACAAGGAUGACGAGGAGGAAAAGGAUGAUGUGGAGACCAAGGAUGAGGAGGAGAAGGAGGAGGAAGACAAGAAGCCAAAGAAGAAGACCGUCUUCGAAUGGGAGCAGGUGAACACUCAAAAGGCCAUCUGGCUGCGCGCCAAGGAGGAUGUGACGGAGGAGGAGUACAACGAGUUCUACAAGAGCAUCUCCAAGGACUACCUCGAUCCGCUGGCCUACACACACUUCAACGCGGAGGGCGAGAUCGAGUUCAAGUCGAUCCUCUUCCUCCCGAAGAAGGCCCCCUUCGACAUGAUGGACAACUACUGGACCAAGAAGUCCGAGGUGAAGCUGUUUGUCCGCCGCGUGCUGGUCGCCGAGAAGUUCGACGAGCUGCUGCCUAGGUACCUGAACUUUGUCCGAGGUGUCGUGGACUCAGAUGACUUGCCCCUGAACGUGUCCCGCGAGCAGCUGCAGCAGAACAAGAUCAUGAAGGUUAUCUCCAAGAAGCUGGUGCGCAAGGUCCUGGAGCUGAUGAAGAAGCUGGCCAAGGACGAGGAGUCCGGUGGCGAUGACGAGGACGAGGAGAAGGAGGACGAAGAGAAGGAGGAGAAGGAGGAGAAGAAGGAGAAGAAGGAUGAGGAGGGCCUCUGGAGCAAGUUCUGGAAGGAGUUCAACAAGAACCUGAAGAUGGGCUGCUAUGAGGACGACUCGAACCGCUCCAAGCUCUCCAAGCUCUUGCGAUUCUUCACCACCAAGUCUGAGGGCAAGGAAGUGAGCCUGGACAAGUACCUGGACCGGAUGCAAGAGAGCCAAGAGAGCAUCUACUACAUGUCCGGUGAGUCCCUGGAGACGAUGAAGAAGGCCCCCGCCCUGCAGAUCUUCCUGAAGAAGGAUCUCGAGGUCCUGAUGCUGCCCGACCACCUGGAUGAGCCUUGCCUGCAGAAGCUGGCGGACUACGAGGGCAAGAAGUUCGUGUCCAUCCAGAAGGCCGACGUCAAGCUGGACGAGACCGAGGAGGAGAAGAAGAAGUUCAACAAGAUCAAGGACAUGUACAAGCCCUUGACAGACUGGUGGAAGAAGAAGCUGACGGACCUGACGGAGAGCGGGGCCAUGAAGGAGGCCGGGGUGAAGGUGGAGAAAGUGGAGGUCUCCAAGAGGCUGACGGAAUCGCCCGUGGUGGUGGUGACCUCCCAGUUCGGCUACUCCGCCCAGCAGGAGAAGGUGAUGAAGUCGCAGGCCUUCCAGAACAAGGAGCAGCUUUCCAUGAUGGCCGGCCGCAAGACGCUGGAGGUGAACCCCAACCACCCCGUGAUUGUGGACCUCCUUGCGAAGGUGAAGGCCAGCGAGGGUGACGAGGCUGCCGCCAAGACGGCCGAGGUGCUGUUCCAGACCGCGCUGAUCGAGUCCGGCUUCGAGAUCGCCGACCCCUCGGCCCUUGUGAGCCACGUCUACAGACUCAUGUCCAAGGAGCUCGGCGUCAACCCAGAUGCCCCCCUCAAGGAGAUUGAGGUGCCCGAGGACGAGGAGGAGGCCGAGGAGGAGGACAAGGAGGACGACGACUCCGAGGAGGACUCCAAGGAGGAGAAGGAGGACCUCUGA